AUGUCUCUCUCCGCUCCCGCUGCCAAGCGCCAUCUCCUCUCCAACUGGAAUGCCGCCCAGUUUGAGGAGCUCAAGUACUCGUAUGGCCUCACUGGUGUGGACCAAGUCGGCAACUUCAUGUGGGUCGACACCUUCCUCUACAUGCUCGUAGGCAUCUCUGGCAUGCUCCUCAUUCUCCGCAUCUCCAACAUGGUCUGGAAGCACAGCCGACACAUCACCGCAAUGGGAAACCCACGCCAAAAGUACUGGGAGACCAACCGAACAAGCUGGUGGCCCUGGCUAAACCGCCAUAUCCUCGUCGCCCCGCUCUGGAAGAAGAAGCACAACGCCCAGUUCCAGAUCAGCAGCGCCAUUGACAACGGAACCCUCCCUGGACGAUGGCACACCAUCAUGCUCUUCAUCUACGUCGGCCUCAACGUUGCAUGGUGCCUUGCUCUCCCCUACGACGUCCUUGACUACAAGGAGACGCUCGCUGCCCUUCGCGGACGCUCUGGAACCCUCGCCGCCCUCAACCUCAUCCCCACUGUCCUCUUCGCCCUCCGCAACAACCCCCUUAUCCCUCUUCUCCAGGUCUCGUACGAUGAUUUCAACCUUUUCCACCGCUGGGCUGCCCGAAUCACCAUUGCCGAGGCCAUUGUUCACACUGCCGCUUGGCUGUACAACACCAAGGCUGGUGGUGGAUGGCACGCCGUCGUAGCUGCUCUCCACACCGAGGGCUCUUACGGAUGGGGCAUGGUCGGAACUGUCGCCUUCACCUUCAUCGGCAUCCAGGCCUGGUCACCAUUCCGUCACGCCUUCUACGAGACCUUUCUCAACAUCCACCGCGUCAUGGUCAUUGCUGCUCUCCUCGGCUUGUACAAGCACUUGGAGCUGCACACUCUCCCCCAGGUCCCAUGGAUGUACCUCAUCUUCAUCUUCUGGGCAGGCGAGUGGUUCCUCCGCCUAUGCUCCAUCUGUUACUACGGCUUCAGCCUCAAGCAACGCUCGUCCAUCACCGUCGAGGCCAUGCCUGGCGAAGCUGUCCGUCUAACCAUCAACAUGGUCCGCGAAUGGACCCCCCGUCCCGGAUGCCACGUGCACAUGUGGAUGCCUCGCCUCUCCCUCUGGUCCUCGCAUCCAUUUUCCGUCGCCUGGGCUGCGACCCUGACCGAUGAAUCCAAAGAGAUGACGCUUCCCACUCUGGAAGGCGACGUCACCAUGAUCAAUGGCCAACCCAGGAAAUCAAAACAAAUCAGUCUCAUCUGCCGUGCCCGUACCGGACUCACCCGGCAAAUGUACGAAAAGGCAAGCAAGAGCCCCAACGAGCAAUUCACCACAUGGGGCUUCAUUGAAGGCCCAUACGGCGGCCACCACAGCCUUGACUCGUACGGUACUUGCGUGCUGUUUGCCGGAGGUGUAGGCAUCACCCACCAGGUCAUGUACCUCAAGCACCUUGUCAAUGGCUUCAACAACGGCACCACUGCCACCCAAAAGAUUGUCCUCAUCUGGACAGUACCCACACCCGACUGCUUGGAGUGGGUGCGCCCAUGGAUGGACGAAGUCCUCCGCAUGAAGGGUCGCAAGCAGUGUCUCCGCAUCAAGCUCUUCAUCUCCAGACCAAAGGGUCGCGUCGAGAGCAGUAGCGACACUGUCAAGAUGUACAGCGGCAGGCCUAACAUGAGGAGCUUGCUGGAGGAGGAGGCCAAGCACCGCGUCGGUGCCAUGGCCGUGACCGUGUGCGCGUCUGGCGGCAUGGCCGACGGUGUACGACACGCAGUGCGGCCACUGCUUACCGAGGGUUCGGUUGAUUUCAUAGAGGAAGCCUUUACGUAUUGA